CCACGAACGUCGACUUGAGCCUUACCCUGUGUUUCGUUCCCCAUUGUCCAUUCGCGCCUCCAGAGCCUCGCUUUUCCGCCCCCGCAAACCGCAAAAAUGUACCGCACCGUCCCUCGUAUGGCUGGGUAUGUGUUCCGCGAGAACCGUGUCCCUUACUACCAGCGUCUGUUCCAGCAGCACGACGGUAAGCGCCAGUGGUGGAAGUCCUCGCGCUCCGGUUACAUCAUGUACCCCUACCUCAUCUCCGUCUACGGCAUGGGUGCUGCUACCCUGUACGCCCUUGGUCGCAUGGUCUUCGGCCACAAGACCUGGAUCUAAGCUCCCUUUUGAAGCGUUUUCUGUUGCAUGAUAUUGGCAGUGUACUUCUACUUCAAUGCUGGGCUGCGAGGGUAGGUGACAGACGUUUCGACGUUGUAUAUAAUAUCUGCCAAGCGUCAAUGGGAAAAAUCUGCCCUAGUUCUGAUAUUCCCAUUUACUCUCGGA